UCUCUCUCCGCCUCCUCUACUUUGCAAUUUUUAACACUUAAUUCUCUCGAUCCUCUGUUGUUUGUUUUUGACGACUGUUUCUCAGAUGGAUGCAGGGAACGUCCUUGAGGCCAUGAAAGCUGAAUUGGAAAUGAUGCGAGAGGAGAAAAUAUGCAUGGACGAAUGCCUAGCAGCUGCAGAAAUUGAACUUGAAGAAACUAAGAGAGUGAUUGAAGAGUACAAAGACAUGGAAAAAUUGGCUAAGGAUUUGCUGGACUUUGUCCUUGGAGCAGGAGGGAAUGACGUUCACGACAACCGUCAGGUUAAUCUUGACGAGGAAACCAUCAAGGCCUUGCUAGAGGAAACUGUGAGGGACUUUGCAGAAGAGAUUAACAAAGCUCACUCUCGCGGAAGCCGCCCGUAAAUGGCGGCAACGGUGGAGGGUAUGACGAUGGUAUUGGUGACCAGAAUCUUGAUGGAAGCAAUACUGAUGUGACCGGUGGUGGUGGCAGCAGCAGGGGUGGCAACAGUGGUGGCCGCCCUGAGUAGGGGUGAGCGGUUUAGGAGUUUAUCUGGUUGGGUCAAGGUUGUGGUUUAGGAGUUUAUGUGUGUUGGUAACGUUAAAUUUUUAUUUGGGUCAAACUUGUGGGUUAUGUGUUAGUUGGAAGGUUUUAAUUUAUUAUAAUGAGUGCAUUUAAGAAGUUAA